AUGUCUACCCGCAGGCCCCAAUUCAACCAGCAGGUGCUCAUUGACACCACCCCAUUGCCCGAUGAUAUCCCCGCCGUGAAGGAGGUCGGUGCCAGCUCUGCGCCUCUUCUGUCUGCCUCCUUCUUCAUCGGUGCCCGGUGCCGCGACUACAACGAUGACUACAUGCAAUGCAAGAACGAGAACCCCGGCCGAGGAGAGUUUGAGUGCUUGAAGGAGGGCCGACGGGUCACUCGAUGCGCCUCCAGCGUCAUUCAGGACAUCAACACCCACUGCCUCGCCGAGUUCCGCAAACACUGGGAGUGCCUGGACGACCGGAAUCAUCAGCUGUGGCAGUGCCGCCCUGCUGAGUGGAAGCUCAACAAGUGUGUCUUUGACAACCUGAAACUCGAGAAGAAGGUUCCCGACCAGCCCACCAACGUCACCCCCGUCCACCUUCGACCAAAGCAGAUCUUUGCCGACGUGCGCAUCGGCCCUGGCGACGGCAAGCCCUUUAUCCCGGGGCAGGAGGAGGCGAAGCAAUAA